GGCAGCUGAGCCCUUUGGCGGCGGCGCUUUCUAUCCCGGCAGCUCCUGGGCAGUUCCGGCUCUGCUUCUCCGCUGCGUUCUCGGGGGCGGAAGGUGAAGAGCUGGCUGGGAUCGAUGGCGCAGGGCAAGCAGAAGUUCAAGGCGCGCAAGGCGGCUGCUGCGGGGAAGAAGGCGCCGGCUGCCCGGGGACCUCGCAAAGGAGGUCGUGUAAUUGCUCCCAAGAAAACACGUGUGAUCCAGCAGCAGAAACUGAAAAAGAAUCUGGAGGUUGCCAUCCGUAAGAAGAUUGAGCAUGAGGUGGUAAUGAAGGCCGAUGCUAAGUUACCCAAGAAACUUAGCGUGCUGAAGGCCCCCAAAGCAGAAACAAAGAAAGAUGCAGGCCACUCCAGCCGGUCUUAGCAAUGUUUCAUGCAUUGAAAUUGGCAAUUGUGGCUUGCAAUACCCUUCAGUUUGACUGUGUCCAUAGUAUCUGCCAUUUUGUUAGGUGGUCAUCCAGAAUGCUGCAUGUUUCAGUUGGUGGAGACGAGUUUUUUCCUACAUGAGAAACCACCUGGCUUGCUCCUGGCCUGAUACUGUAUUUGUGGCUAAUACAAUAGGUAUUAGGUCAUUUUCAAACCUGCCUUACUCUAGUUUAAGUCUCAACAAUUUUCCUGCUUUGUUUUUGGAUUUACGAUUUCAGUGAAAGCUGCUUUGUUUUCAUUCUAGUAUGACCUGGGCCAGAUUUGCAACUGGCUUAAUUGUGUUAGAUCAGCAAGGAAGAUCUCAUGUAAGUAUCCAGUGGGGGAGCAUAAUAACUCCUGGGAAUAAAGUUCACACCAAAGAAAGGCCACUAGAUUACCUUCCCUUGCUAGAAAUAAAACCCAUGUCUAUCCGUAUGAUCUAAAUUCUGCAAAACUGAGGUCUAGUCAGAUUGUUUUAUACAUAUUUAGAAUUGACAUAUGGGCUAUUGUGGAACCACAGAAUUCAGUGUGUUUGCAUCAGAUGUGGAUCUGCAUCCCUACAUUCUGUUUUGAAUCAAGAGGCAGAAAUGGCAGUCUUGAGCUUACAGUUCUCAAUUGUUUGAAUGUUAGCCAUCCUGGAAAGUAGCUUGGCUUACUGUGAGCUACUGUGUAGCUUGGCUUACUGUGAACUACAGCUACUAUGCUGUGAGCUCUCUUGCCCUUUGCCUCUACCUGCUGCCCUCUGAUAAGUAUAACACGCUAGUGAUACUUUUUUGUUUGCUGAUUCUUGUCCUUUUUAUCCUUAUCUCAGCCCUCAUCUGCUUAUUGCACUUGAAUAUGAUGAUAUUGCAAUUGAAUAUUUGAUAUGUUGACGUCAUCACACAUUUGACAUCAUUUGCCCCUACCUGCAGAUAUCCAUAUUAGUUCAAGAGUGCAAGCUGUUAAUGUUUCUAUAUAUUUUACCCCACUUUAAAGUAGCCUGGGGAACAACCCUGAACUAUGGUGUAUUUUCUAAUCAGCAAUCCAAAACCUAUUUUUAAAGAAGUUUAAUUGCUGCAAAUGUUUGCUUAUAACUAAGCUGUGUCUUUGUAUUACAUUUUAAAAAAUAAAUAAUCUAAGAAGUACAUUCUUAA